UUGAUGUAAAUAAGCUUGAUAUCUUACUUAUUUCAAUAUUCUGGGGUAUUUCGAAAUCACAAAAAGAAAAUGAAUGCAGCUGGGCCACCACUACCCCCGGGAUGGGAAGCGAGAUGGGACCGCAAUCAAGGAGCUUAUUUCUUCAUUGACCACUCCACUAAAAAGACAACAUGGAUAGAUCCACGAAUUGCUAUGUAUCAGCCACAGCAAACAAAGCAGCCUCAACAGCAACAGUAUGGCGGACAGCAUCAUAGUGGACAGCAUCAUGUUGCACAGCAACAACAUGGUGGACAGCAUGCUGCAGCUGCUCAGCUUUUAAACCAAUCAUCCGUUAACAGUCCUUCUACGCGAGAAAUCCCCCUUGAUUCAUUAAACAGAGUUGACAAUAGAGACCACACCCCUGGGAAGGAUCACACGACUCGAUUCUCUGUCAAACACCCUCCACCUGAGACCACUGAUGAUCAUUUAGAGGAAACAAUCAAAGAACUGGUCAAGAGCUGUCCCGGGGCGGGCCAGCAGAUGGUCAAAGAUGUCCUUGCCAGUUGUGACAAUGACAAGUUUAAAGCAAAAAUAGCCCUAAGAGCCAUGGGAUAUACAGACAGUGCAGAGGGCUCCACAAAAAGGGACACAAUUCAGGGGAGGGAAUCGCUGACAAAACACACAUAUAGUACGGAGAUGUCAGGAGAGACUACCCGGAGAGACCACAUCCCAACCAAGCAUACCUACACCGCUGUACCAGCCAGAGAAGAGAGAGACACCUCUCCCCAGAGAGACCACAUCCCGACCAAGCAUACCUACACCGCUACACCAGCCAGAGAAGAGAGACACACCUCUCCCCAGAGAGACCACAUCCCGACCAAGCAUACCUACACCGCUACACCAGCCAGAGAAGAGAGAGACACCUCUCCCCAGAGAGACCACAUCCCGACCAAGCAUACCUACACCGCUACACCUGCCAGAGAAGAGAGAGACACCUCUCCCCAGAGAGACCACAUCCCGACCAAGCAUACCUACACCGCUACACCAGCCAGAGAAGAGAGAGACACCUCUCCCCAGAGAGACCACAUCCCGACCAAGCAUACCUACACCGCUACACCAGCCAGAGAAGAGAGACACACCUCUCCCAAAAGAGAGACCAUCUCAGAGGAUGAAAAGAAAAAAAUCAAACAGCGAGUGAUUAGGGCAUUCCCAGAACUUGAGGCAGAUGUGAUUGACAUCGCCUUAAACAUCUGCAAGUACAAAGAAGGAGAAUGUCGCACCUUACUGAAAGGCUGGAACGAAAAGAAGAAACCCGAGAUGAGCUCAAGGUCAAAAACAGAGGAUUCAGGAUUCAGUGACUUCAGCAGUAGACCGACCACAUCCAUGUCGACUGAGCCGGUCCCCAUAGAUAUGAAUGCUGGGCUGCCCGUUACUCUGGAGCUAGAUCCUGUAGAUACGCCAACACCUAAGAAAGGAGGAUCCCCCAAGAAAAAGAAGCAAACAAAGGAUAGGUCAAGGACACCAGAAAACCGACCUUCAUCCUCAAGGACACCAGAAAACCGACCUUCAUCCUCAAGGACUCGCCAACAACCAGCACCCAAGUCAGCUAAGUCUUCUCCAAAGAAGAAACAAACACAAGUUCCUGUCACCAGGGAGCAGCACUUUGCCAGAUCUGAGUACCGGACGAUGGCAGUGGGGCCGAACUCUGAACUAAGGCAUGGACCUGAUGAAUCGCUCCUCAUAACUGAUCGCCUGGUUGCCAUGGGUCCUAAUCCAGACCUUCAACAGGGGCCAGAUGAGAGUCGACUAGGGGAGAGAACGGUCGCUGUUGGACCCAAUCCUGACCUGGUUCAGGGCCCCAUGUUCCAGGCGAGUCCCACCAGACUAAUCAUCAGCGCUGUCUAGGCAGAGACAUGGUCGAGAACUUUGUCAUGAUUCCAAUAGGUUCCUUGACAUAUUGAUGUUGUUUGUGAUGCUUGUUCAGUGUAAUGGAAAAACCCCAGGACUUAGGAUUGAAGUUCAUUACAGAUUGAACAUUCGAAUUCAUCGCAAGAAAUUGGAUUUUUUUUUAUAGCUUCUGAGUUUGAUAUUCGCCAAUAGCAGUUUGUGAAUAGAUUUCCAUGUACUGGUACAGGUACAGGGGGUUUUAACUGACAACGUGCAAUGCUAACUUUUAUUCUCUACCCAGAUUUAGUAUCUACUUGCAUUUAUUUAAUCAAAUGAUAAUGGGAUGAAUGUCACUGUUGUGUAUAUUUAGCUGUUAACAGCAGUAGCACUGUAUUAAUCCUGUUUUACCGGGUAUAUAUGUAUCUCAUGGAUACUUUUUGUAUUAGACUUGAAUACUUGAAUAUACUUGAAUUUCACAUCCACUCUUUGUUUUAUAUUCAUUGCAUAUAAAGUAGGAAAGGAGGAAUGAGCAUAUUACUACAUUGAAAAUAUAUGGCUAGACUGGGAAUUGAACCAAGGACCUCUGAUAACUCUAGUCAAGAGCUCUACCACUGAGCUACCCAGGCCGAUAUCCACGGUCCACAUAGCCCCAACUGUGCAUGUAUAGCUAUAGAUUAUUCCAAUUUAGUCAACCAAAAGUUGGUCUGACUUGGAUGAUCCUUUGUGAUGAUACUCUAGUGAAGGGAUUCUCCAGGUAGAGGCAGGUACAAGUGUACAUAUUCAUCCAGCUAACUUGUUUUCCAAAAAAAUGAAGCCAUGUUGAAACAGUUUUUAAGCUUGCUCAUUUCAUUGGAUUUAUAAAUCUCCAAUCGUUAUGUCUAAUUGUGACACUAUUCAGUUCUUUUGAAUAGUGAAAGGAUGUAUAUAUUGGAUCUCGUGAUUUGCGAUGGUGCAUGAUUUUUUUUCGAGUUGUGUGCUAUUUGUAAACAGAUAGCCAUGCUAUGACCUUGAAUUGCUAGUAUUACAUAAUGGUCACUAUGAUACUUAUAUAUACCUAGGUACUGCGCACUGAAUGGUGGUAAUGAUAACCAACAGAAUGAACUCUGUGACUCUUGUAAGCACUGCGUAGUAUUCCUAAAUGAUGUUAUGAAACCAGGUGAAUAAUACGGGCAUUAUAAUAUCCAAAUUGAGAGAUUAUAAACAAGUGUCAUAUUUGGCGAUUCUGUGUCUGCAAAGAUAGCUCUAGUACUCUAUAUUGAGUUAUGUAUUGUAUAUUCUAUAUAUUGACCUUUGUAACCUUUUAUGCCAUGUAUGAAUGAACGUAUUAUGUAUUAUGAGUAAGUGAUUCCUCAUACCUAGGUGGGGGACUCGGAGACUCAGGACUCGGAGACUCUAAUCCUGCAUUCGUACUCUUUGAUUGGCAGUUUUGACAGUUUUGUUACUUUAUUCAGAAAUAAAAUAUUAAUCUGAAAUUUGAACACUAAAUGUUCACUCAUGAUCGUCGUAGAUGGGCCGAACUAGUCAGAACUGUCCAUCAAAAGUAAAAUGUUAUAUAUACCCAUGUAAAAUGAUGUUGAGCAGACUCUUUGAUUUGGGCUGUUUUUAGUUGCUGUAAUUUUGACUAUACGAUCACGCUUUAAUAAAGUUUUGGUGAAAUAAG